CUAGCUUUUGCUCUGAAUCUGAGACUAUUCACACUCGUGCGCUUUCCCUCUGUACUUAUAUGUCUGGACGCGCGUCCUCGUCAUUAUUCGGGGGUGCUGUUGUGUCUACUCGCUGUUGAUCCUAGUCGACGUCUUGUCUAGCGAAAAUCUUGCUGAACGGAAGUACACCUCGGGUUUUCGAGACGCGCGUAUCUUUUGUUGCGUAUACUCUAUCCUUAUUUGUAAGCUAUACCCCAUAGACCGCGGAGAGCCACAGCCCGAAACGUUCUGCGAAGAUGACGGUCUGCACAGACUGUGGUGGAACGGUCAUCGAGUAUGACGCAGCUGCUGGAAACGGGUUCUGCGUGCAGUGUGGGACGGUUGUGGAGGAGAACACGAUAGUCAGCGAAGUAGUCUUCGGUGAGACGAGCACUGGUGCUGCGAUGGUGCAGGGGAGUUUCGUGGGGCAAGGAGCAACCCGCGCAAGGAUGGGUGGCAUAUUUGGAAACAGGGGCAACAGCGAGAGCCGGGAGCAGACUAUUGCAAACGCAAGUCGGAAAAUUCAGCAAGUCGCCAACGCGUUGCGCCUCUCAGAGGUAGUCUCACUCGCGGCUACACGGCUUUACACGCUUGCGGUCGAGCACAAGUUCACGAAGGGACGCAGGAGCAUGAACGUCGUCGCGAUAUGCCUCUACGUUGCAUGUCGCCAGAAGGAGACGAGGAACUAUAUGCUCAUUGAUUUCUCAGAUCUACUCCAGGUGAAUGUGUUCGAGCUCGGCCACACGUACCUCCAGCUUGUGCAGACGCUCAACUUGCGUUUGCCGCUCGUCGAUCCCUCACAUUACAUCUCCCGCUUUGCUGCUUUGCUCGAGUUUGGGGAGGAGACACAUCAAGUAGCGAUGGAUGCCGUGCGCCUCGUACAGCGAUUCGACCGCGACUGGAUGACUCGCGGAAGGCGACCAGCAGGCAUUUGCGGCGCCUCCUUAUUGCUCGCUGCGCGCAUGAACAACUUCCGGCGGAGUGUCUCGGAGAUCGUGCAGGUCGUCAAGAUCGCUGAUACCACCCUGAAGAAGCGCCUCGAGGAGUUCCGGCUUACGCCCAGUGGUGCGCUGACGCUUGCCGACUUCAGAACGGUAUGGUUGGAGGAGGAGAUGGACCCGCCUGCGUACACGAAGGGCAAGGAGAAGGAGGAACGAGAGAAGGAGGAGCGGGAGGGCGGAGGGAAGAAAGAGAAGGAGAAAGGUAAGGGCAAGGGCAAGGGCAGGAAGCGGAAACGUAAGCGCGGCGAAGAAUCGGACGGAGAGGACGUACGUGAACUGCGAUACGAGGACGGACAUUUAGAGCUGCCGCCUAUGCCGUACCCGCAGAUCGAUCCUACGCUCCUGAACCAAGGCAUCCUGGCCGGGACGUCGCAGACUCCGCUGUUCCUUCCGGAAGAAGGUGAAGGGCCAGAGGAAAGCAUCGACCCGAGUCUGUUGCAGCCACCGCCUUCUUUGACGAGUACGCUGUUCGUGCAAGGGCUAGCUUUGGAUCAAGUGCUAUCUACGUCUUCACGGCCUCCUUCGCCCCUAGAGGAGACGGUCGACGCUGCGGUGGCGAUGGAGGUCUCUGACUUUCUUGUGAAUCCGCAAGGGGCGGUGCUCAGCUCUGCGCUGGACGAGGCGGAAGAGCGGCGUCGGGCGCAUUUUGCUGGGGAUGACGAGCUGAUGGGCUUGGAUGACGAGGAGCUGGACCGGUUCAUCUUGACUGAGGAAGAGGUCAGGAUCAAGGAGCGGGUGUGGGUGGAGAUAAACAAGGACUAUUUGGAAGCUAUUGCAGCUAAAACAGAACUUCAACAAAAUGAAGAACUCAAGGAUAAGAAAAGUCGCAAGCGUCGAAAAACAAGCCACAAGCCGCGAGACGUGACGACGCCGCAUGGGAGCACUGUUGCCGAGUCUGUCCGCAACCUGAUCAAGAAGAACCCGAAGUACAGCAAGCGCAUCAACUAUGAUGCGCUCAAGGAUCUUUUUACCGACGACACCAAGGCAUCGAGGGUUCCUAUGGGUCCUGAGGUGGACGAGAAGGAUAACGACCUGUAUGUGAUGGACGAGAAGAGCGAGGGCGAGGGGGUGCUCAUCGUCGAGGAGGCCGGUGGAGGCGUUGGUAUGACGCUGCAGCGCUCGCGCUCGACGAGCAAGACUCCACGAGAAGGGAAGACUGUUGUCGUCGUUGAUGAGAGUAGAGAAGAGGUUGAGGUUGGUGAGGGUGAUGAGGAUGCUAUGGGCGAGGAUGAGGAUGAGGGUAGCGAGAAGGGGAAUGAGUAUGCUGAUUGGGAUGCGUAUGAGCAGGAGGUGUGAUGCUGGAUUUGGGGAUGGAUAUGCCAGUUCUGUUUUUCGUGUCGGCGGUCAGGUAAUAGAUCCUGUACUACUGUAGCUGCUUUCCGUAGAUAAUUUGGUCCGGUCCUAUGUUGAACAACGACACAAGACCGAUCGAGUAUUCCGC